AUAAACAGCAAACCCUGACGUCACUUCUAUUGUUUGUUCACCUUAAGAUUGGAGAAAUUUGUAGUGAGCAACCAAUAAGAUGCUCACGGCAGAUACACAGGAAAAACCGGAACAAAUGACAGUAUGAAAAGUUACCAGAUAGAGUCUGCUAUAUCAUUCUGUCAAAUGAACGCGUUCCCCGAUGUAUCCGUGUAAUAAGUGAGACAAGUAAAUGAGUAUGUAAAUGUGACGUAAAAUGUCUUUACCGGGGGUUUCGGAUUAGAUAUUCGGAAAGAUGUAACAUAUGCAGUACAUAAAAAGAAAUAAGUGAUUGGUAUUAUGUUUUAAAACAUGCCAUCUGAAGUUAACAUUAGCGAUGCAGCUUUUGAGAAGGAUAAUGGGGGGGAUGAAUCAGAAGAACAGAGUGUUUCUCUAUUAACUGUUAGUACAACAAAUCAGGAUUCUCCAUCAACGGUAAAACAUGUGAAAACAAAUGCCAUAAGAAAUAAUCAUACAGCAUUUACAUCUGAUAUUGAGAAUGAUUUUGCAAGACAAAGUGAGAAUGCUUCUUUGCCAUUAGAUACAAAUACUAGGCAAACUGAGAAUGGUUUACAGCAAGCAGAAGCAUCUUCUGGUCAACAAGAAGUAGUUAAUAAUAAAGCUGAUGGUAAUAUGUUGAACUCCUUUGAAGAACAAAAUAACUGUUCUGAAUCAAAAUGUAAUGAAGAAAAUGCAGUCUUGAAACCUGCUGAUUCUGCAUCAUCAAUGUUAGUUGGUCAAAUUGAAGAUAACAGCAGCAGUUCGAGUAAAUGUAGUAAUGAAGUCAUACAAAACUCGAAUCAAAGACUUACCUCAUUGUCUCAUAAGAAUUUAACAAGAAAGAAGUGCUUUCUAGCUAGCAUUGAAAACAAUACUGGAAAUAUAGCAAGCACUUCGGAGCAAUUACCUUUAUCUUCAAGAAAUAUGAUGAGAAAAAAACAGUUUUUUAGCAGGGAUUUACAAUCUAGCAGUGUGGAAUCUCAAUAUGAACAGAAUACAAGAGACCAGCAUAACAAUAUUGGUAAUAAUGUAUACAAUGAAAAUAGUAGGAGUUCAUGUACAAAAAGUUAUGGUUUACCCUUGGAAAGUCUAGCCUCGUGUAGUUCAGAUGAUCGCUCGCAGUUCCAAAGCACAUCAACAAGUGAAGCACAUAGUAAUGAUAUUGUAAAUGCACAUAAACCGUUUAGUUUAACAGAGAGUAACAAUAAGAGUACAAGUGAAAAUUUAAGCAGAUUUAAUGAAGCUGGUAGUUCAUAUUCCCAUGUAUCUAAAAGUGUGCAAACGUGUCAAAACACUUUGGCAGACUUAGUUCAUUGUAAUGAGAUGAUAAGAAAACCAUUCAAACUGCCAAUUUUAGAGAAUUUACAUGAAACUGCCAGUGCUCAACAAAAUGAUCUUGAAGAAAACGCUGUAGCACUUUUGGAACCAUCUUCCAUCAAACAAGUACGUCUAGAAGGGGCUCAAAGCUUAGAAAUGGAACCACAUCGAUCCUCAAAUAGCAGUGAUGGAAGCAAUUCUGAUACAGAAUCACAGCAGGCAGUUUUAGGUCGUAAUGGGACCAAAAAGAGGCCAUGUGACACAAAUGGUAUUAUAACAAAAGAAGGUGUGGAAUAUUAUCAAUUAUGGCGGAGUACAGGAGGCUUCUCAUCACCUGAACGUUUAUAUGAAACAUUAUACCCAAGUCCUCCACCACUUCCACCACGGACAAUGCACAAACUUUUACACAGAAGCAAUGCUGGCCCACCAGAAUUACCUAAACGGUGUUCUCAAAAGUACCCAGCACCUUUGCACCCUGAAGAUUGCUUUGGAUUUGAAAUAGUAGAUGUUGAUGAAGCUUCUAAUUCAAAGUCUCGGACAGCUGUUACAAAAAGUAUAGCACUAUUGAGUUUACCAAGAGCCCACAGACCGCUGGAACGACCAGAAACCGGACCUACGAAUCAGUUAGAAUGUCCUCCGACACCUACCCAUCACCCGAAGUUAUUGCGUCCAUUACCAAUGUGCCAAAAAUCAAGCGUACCGUUGCCCUCUGAAGAACCUUUGCCUCCAUGCUGGGAAGCAAGAAUCGAUAGCCACGGUCGGGUAUUCUAUAUAGAUCACAUUAACCGUACUACUACUUGGCAGAGGCCCAAUUUAACAACGCGAAAUACAGGUUGUGAUCUUCGACGACAGCAAUUGGAUCGACGUUAUCAGAGCGUUCGUCGAACCAUUUCUCGACCUGAUAACAUUGAUCGUGAACCGACAAGUUCGCAACACGCGAACGGAAAUAAUUUUGAGAAUGCUGAACGACCGCUACCGGAACGACCAUCAUCGGAAAGAAACGAGACCGAGCCGUUCGACAUUAAUACAAGUCCUCCAGUAUUAUUCUUAACGAGACCAGACUUCUUUACAGAAUUACAUACUAAUGAAGAAGCAUUGGAAUGGUACAAUCGCAAUGCUAGCCUAAAACAUAUGAUUAAUAGGAUCAGGCGAGAUAAGACAGUAUUUCCAAGAUACGAGCAUAAUAGGGAUUUGGUUGCUUUAAUAAAUUUCUUUGCUGAUCCGAAUAAGGAGCUUCCCAGAGGCUACGAAUCAAAACUCGAUAGGACAGGGAAAAAAUUCUUCAUUUGUCAUGCCAGAAAAGCCACAUCUUUCAUUGAUCCAAGAUUGCCUACAGAAGCAGCACAUGCACGAACGCUAUUAGAUGAAGCACCCGUACCACCGCCAAGACCACAACAAUCAGCUGUUACCACCACACCUGAUAUACCUGUAGCUUAUAAUGACAAAGUUGUUGCUUUCUUACGUCAGCCAAAUAUAAUGGAUAUUUUAAAGGAAAGACAUUCAGUGCUAGGACAGAACAUUGCAUUGAGAGAGAAAGUAAAUACUAUACGAAAUGAAGGCACUACUGCUUUACAACGAUUAGGUCAUGAUGUACCUCUCGCACUAUUACUAAGCUUAUUUGAACAAGAAAUUAUGUCUUAUGUACCUGGGAACGUGGGCAGAUCUCCACUAGGUAGUCCGCAUGCUUCACCUGGCUUAACCAGAGCUUCUGCUAGAGCUCCAGCUCCAUACAGAAGAGAUUUUGAAGCUAAACUUAGAACAUUUUACAGGAAGCUAGAAAGUAAAGGGUAUGGGCAAGGUCCAGGAAAACUAAAAUUACAUAUUAGAAGAGAACACCUUCUGGAAGAUGCUUUUACUCGCAUAAUGGCUGCUUCAAAAAAAGACUUACAGAAAGGCAAGCUAGUCGUUAUGUUCGAUCAUGAAGAAGGUUUAGACUACGGUGGACCGUCCCGCGAAUUUUUCUUUCAUCUCUCGCGUGAGCUUUUCAAUCCAUAUUACGGAUUGUUCGAAUAUUCUGCCAACGACACUUACACGGUUCAAGUGUCACCCAUGUCAGCUUUCGUCGACAAUUACCACGAUUGGUUUAAAUUUUCCGGUAGAGUUUUAGGUCUAGCCCUGGUUCAUCAAUAUUUGCUUGAUGCCUUUUUCACGAGACCUUUCUACAAGGCUCUUUUGAGAAUACCGGCAAGCUUGAGCGACUUAGAAAGCUUAGAUCAAGAAUUUCACCAGAGUUUAAUGUGGAUCAAGGAGAAAGACAUAAGCAUAGAACCGUUGGAAUUAACAUUUUCGGUAACAGAGGAACUAUUGGGGCGAGUGGCUGAACGUGAAUUAAAACCAGGAGGUAGAAAUAUCGCUGUCACCGAAAAAAAUAAAAAAGAAUACCUUGAAAGAGUUGUACGUUGGCGACUCGAGCGCGGCGUUGCAGAACAAACGGAGUCAUUGGUUCGUGGAUUUUAUGAAGUUGUUGAUCCACGAUUGGUAUCAGUUUUUGAUGCGCGUGAACUGGAAUUAGUAAUAGCGGGAGCUGCUGAAAUAGAUCUUAAUGAUUGGAGAACGCACACAGAAUAUAGAAGCGGUUACCAUGAUGCUCAUCCGGUAGUGGAAUGGUUUUGGAGCAGUAUAAGUCGAUUUACAAAUGAGCAAAGAUUAAGACUACUACAGUUUGUUACUGGAACGUCAAGCAUUCCAUACGAAGGAUUUGCAGCCCUACGUGGAUCCACCGGACCGCGGAAAUUUUGCAUUGAAAAAUGGGGAAGGCCAAAUAGUUUACCCAGAGCUCAUACAUGCUUUAAUCGCUUGGAUCUUCCACCAUAUCCUACACCUGAAAUUUUAUAUGAGAAGCUUUUAUUGGCUGUAGAAGAGACGAACACGUUUGGGAUAGAAUAAAGUAAAUUAUUUAUUUCGAUUACAGCAGAUAUUUAGCGAUGAAAUAAAAAUAUUGUGCGUCGCAUUGUUCAAAUCAGAUGAAGCAUUAUUGUGAAUUUAAAGGUGUAUUGGUGAUGAAUUCUACUAUUCAGAAACUCGCAAAACUGUAUCAAAAUGUAAAUAUCUAGAAAAGAAACGAUUGCGCAUAUUUUGAAAAUUUUAAAUAUUGUAUACAUGUUGCUGUAAUCUAUUUAUAUUGAAUCUGAACGAUAAUUCGCGCACUCUAUGUCUUGUAUAAAAGUAAGAGAUUUAAUACAUUACUGCAAAAUAUUUCGAUAUGAAUAUAUAUAUAUAUAUAUAAUUACAUUUUCGUUCAAGUUUGUGUGGUUACCGAGCUUGCUGAAGUAUUAAUAUACGGUAUAUCUGUUUUAUUAGGGAACGAAUAAAUAUUUCAUAGGGAAUUCGAAAGAUGUAAGGAAAUUGUUUCUGUAUACAUUUCUCCAUUUGGACAAUGCAUUACAAUGACCGCAAAAUUUUUGUAAGAACAAUUUUUUAAUAUCUACAACUUUUUAUGAUGUAUUUAAUCGUUUCCAAAUAACUUAUAUACGGUAGAUAUAACCGUGGAAGAAAUUCAAUUUUAAAUUGAUGCAAAAUGCGCAACUCAUUUAGUGUGACUUGUAAAAAAUCUUUUCUUCAUAUUUUACAAAAAAAAUUCGAAUAAAUUUGUAACAGAGAAGAAGAAA